AUGUCUGAGAAGCAAGUUGCUCUCACUGACGGUCAUCAGACCAAGUAUGGCGAGGCGGUCAAGCCGAACCCUCCGAUUAUCAAGAUCUCGCCGGAGCACGUCUACUACUAUCGCACCGCACACCACAACAGAAACCGGUGGGCUUAUGUUCGACGGGAUAUUCGCGGCACCAUCUUCCGUCGCAUUUUCAAGACGCUCUUCGGUCAACGUCGCACAUGCAAGACCGACGGUGUCUCGUCGAAGGAAGACGCAGCGCAACAGCAGAAAUGGAAAUCCAACUGA